AUGGUGAACUUCACUGCUGAGGAAAAGGGUCUCGUCAAUGGCCUGUGGAGUAAGGUGAAUGUGGAAGAUAUUGGUGGUGAAGCCUUGGGAAGGCUUCUUGUUGUGUACCCAUGGACCCAGAGAUUCUUUGACAGCUUCGGGAACUUGUCCUCUGCCUCUGCCAUAAUGGGCAACCCAAGGGUCAAAGCCCAUGGCAAGAAGGUACUGACUUCUCUUGGAGAAGCCAUUAAGAACCUAGACAACCUCAAGUCUGCCUUGGCUAAGCUCAGUGAGCUGCACUGUGACAAGCUACAUGUGGAUCCUGAGAACUUCAAGCUCUUGGGCAACGUGUUGGUGAUUGUUUUGGCUGGUCACUUCGGCAAGGAAUUCACGCCUGAGGUGCAGGCUGCCUGGCAGAAGGUGGUGGCUGGGGUGGCCAACGCUCUGUCCCAUAAGUACCACUGA